AUGUCAGAAUCAAAGGUCGGCGACAUCUCAAAUUCUGAGCCAACGGGUCUCAGUAGCCCUGGCGCAACUUUUGAAAAAAUGAAGGACCUCCUAAAGGCGAAAGACGACACUUCCAGGUUCGUAGGACUUGCUCUCCUUAAAUCCGUUCUUGACAACGAACAACAGCUCGUCAAAAAUACAGAACGCCUACAAAUACUUUGGGAAUCCAUAUCCUCAAAGUUUUUGGAUCGACUAUUGCGAGCUCAGUUUGGUGGAAAAAUUGACAAGGCCCAAGCAAAAGAUAUGGUAGAUCUCGCAGUAGCUGUACUACAUACAUUCUCUAUACUAUUGCCAGAAGAUGUUCGAAGGGGAACACAGCUCACGGGAAGAACAGGACCGCUGGUUAAAGCACUUAUCCAAAGUUCCCCUGAAACUACACAGCUAAUUCUACAAACGCUGUUAACUAUAGUCAGCCAGGUAGAGGGUUCUCUAGAACUUUUGAAAGUUGAUGAUAUCUCUUCAUUAACAGAGAUAGCGCCACAAUACCCUCUUGUUCUCGAUAUUCUAAAUUAUACUUGGGCAAAUGGUUCUACGAUCGAUGUACAAGCUGUCUACGAAAGUAUCAAUCGAGUGAUCCCAAAUCUCCUUUUAGUAUUCAAAGGAACUGACGCUGUUACAUUUUUAUCUUUCAUUGCAAGCUUUAUACCCAAGUUAUCUUCUGAGGCGCUUCCACGUAAUCCAAAGUGGCUUAAGUCUGUAAUUGUCUUGCUUCGUGAGUUAGUCAACAGAAAACCCACACUCGUUGGUAGAGUUGCAUAUACCCAGGCGGCAGCGGCAUUGUUACAAGCAUAUCCUGUGACAUGUCCUUCACUGUUGUUUAACGAUGAAAGUCUGCAUACCUCGAACAAGAAUGAUAGCAAUAGCAAGCCGUUUUCUUAUCUCUUUGUAAAUCUUUUAUUGAUUGACUUGCGAUCAUCCUUCCCGUCACUCUUAGCGAAAUUGAAUAACAGUGAUUAUUCAAGUAUCUCACAACGACUUGCAGCCGCAUUUGACGUUCUCUCAAGCUUCAUAGGAUAUCUUGUUCGAAGUCUCGAUGAAGAAAACUCCAAAUCCUUCACCAUGCCCCCAGAUUUAAUGUUGAAGUUGCGAAAGGAUAUUGCUGAGACUAUGUCUUUGGCAAUUGAAUACCUGCGAGAUAGAUGGGAUGCAUCUAUUGCCGGUGCUUCUGGAUUACAUCCUUCUGCACGAGCUGGAACUGCUGCCACAUCUGAAGGAACAAGACUCACUUUAACCUGGGAUUCUAUUCAAGAUAAGGUUACUGUGGACCCUCUGAUCCUAGCUAGUAUCAGAGCAUUAGCCAUAUGGAUUCGUGAAGACGAGAACGAAAACCUACGCAAAGAAAGUGCUGGUAUGAUGGAUAUGUUCAUUGAGCUAUACAAAAUAAGUGGCAUGGAUGAACCUGACUUCCGAUAUCCUAUAUUACUUGCGCUCGAAGGAAUCAUGACCACCGAGGAUGGCGUGGAAGCUUUCUUGAACCAGGAUGGAUGGCAGGUGGUUUCCGAAGAUCUCUUCCAUAUUCUUAGCCACAUUGGCGAUACCGCACCACUUACCAAUUCUCAAUCUUCCAUAACUGCAGACGCAGCAAGAGGUCUUCAAAUUGUACGCAUCCUACUCGCAGUCAUAGAUGAAGAGUCAACAUCAUAUAUUAAACAGGAAUGGUUGACUCUGAUUUCAACCACAUCUACCAUGAACCUACCUGCCUCAUCAUCGUCUUCGGUGGUCAUAGAGCUACAUAUUGCCAUGCUACAACUAUCCACAGCAUUAUUAUCAAAAGCGGGAGAGGGCAUGCGAAAGCGUUAUGCCAAUGAUCAGAAGGCUCAAAGAAAAAUGGCGGAGGAAUUAGAGGUCAUUGUAGGAAAGAUGAGGGAUAAGCAGGAGGCGGAUGAGUUUAAGGAGUUGCUAUCAGACGUAAUGUUAGAUUUGGAAAAUUUAGGAGUAGGUAGAUGA